UGUAUUGUAACGCGGCCUAGAGAGCACCGCGCCAUUUUAUUCAACAGCACAUUGGUGGAUAAAGUGUUUUGUUUCUUUUAUUUUUAAGCGCGAGUUGUUUCAUUUUUAGUUUUUGAACAGAAGAUGGGAAGGAAGAAGAAGAAGCAGCUGAAGCCGUGGUGUUGGUACUGCAACAGAGACUUCGACGAUGAAAAGAUUCUGAUCCAGCACCAGAAAGCCAAACACUUUAAAUGUCACAUAUGUCACAAAAAGCUGUACACGGGGCCCGGCCUGGCCAUACACUGCAUGCAGGUGCACAAGGAAACGAUAGACGGCGUUCCCAAUGCGAUCCCCGGCCGAACCGACAUCGAGCUGGAGAUCUACGGCAUGGAGGGCAUUCCAGAGAAAGACAUGCAGGAGCGGAGACGACAGCUGGAGCAGAAAUCUCAAGCAGAAAGCCAGAAGAAGAAACAGAAUCAGGAUGACUCGGACGAGGAUGAUGACGAUGAUGAAGCCGGUCCGUCGCCGUUUCAGCAGCCGCCUGCUGCCCAGCCACAGAACGCCUACAUUCCCCCGGCUAACUACUCAGGUAUUCCUCCCAUGAUGCCUGGUGUUCCACCAAUGAUGCCCGGAAUGCCGGGAGUGAUGCCCGGAAUGCCACAUGGCAUGAUGCCGAUGGGAGGGAUGAUGCCCGCGGGGCCCGGAAUGCCUCUCAUGAUGCCAGGAGUGCCCCCAGGAAUGCCCCCUCAUGUACCCCGGCCUGGGAUUCCCCCGAUGGCUCCAGUACCUCCAGUGACUGCACCAGGUGUUCCACCCCGACCGGCUGCACCCAUCGCCCCGCCCGCCGCCUCCAAGCCCCUCUUCCCCAGCGCUGCUCAGGCUCAGCAGCCGGUUCCCAACAACGCCGAUCCUCCCAAAGCGACGUUCCCGGCCUACACCCAGCCUCCGGCGCCCUCUUCGUCCCCCGCCUCCUCUUCCUCCGGUCCUGCUAGUAGCACUGCGGCUAAAGCCGCCCCCCCAGCGGUCUCCGCUAAGCCGGCCGCCGUCUCCAGCUCCAGUGCUACCAGUAAGUUGAUGCACCCUGAUGAGGAUAUCUCGCUGGAGGAGAGACGAGCUCAGCUGCCUAGGUAUCAGAGGUUGAUUCCUCCUCGGCCCGGGCCGCCUGUAGCUGCUGCAGCGCCCCCUGGUGCACCGGUGGGGUCGUUACCUCCACAGCAGCCUCCUCUCAGACACCCCAUGCACGGUCAGUAUGGCGCGCCUCCUCAGGGGAUGCCUGGUUACAUGCCGGCGUACGGACAGGUGCCUCAGUUCCAGGGCAUGAGCCGAUACUGACACGCCCGUGACACGCCCCUUUGUUUUCUGCUGAAACAACCAAAAUGGACAGAGAGUCUCACACACACACACACACACACACACACACACACACACACACACACAUACAAACGCAGUGCGGCGCUCGCACACCCGAGGCCGAGUCUCAUGAUAGACUUUUAUUUAGUUUUUCCUGGUCUAAAGCUGUAACAGUGUCGGCGCUCACACUAAUGAUAAUAAUGAUGUCAUCACCAUGAAGACGGAGUGGAGUCGUGGGACGACGCUGGUGGAGGCGGAGCCACGGCGCAUUAUAAUCAUAAUCAUCGUAGGCGUGUGCUGAGUCAGGGGAUGGUGUGUGUGUCUCUCUCUCUUACACACACGCACACACAGGAAGCGCAAAGAAAAUCUUUCUUGUUGUUGGUGUUUUUUUUUUUCUAUUAUAAAUAUAAAAUCACUUCUUAAGUGUAGUGAGAUCAGGAGUGUGGCUGCAGCAGGAAGUUGGUGCAAGGCGUCAUUUACUCUCUGUGUGUGUGUUUGUGUGUGUGUGGAGAGAUUUGGGGUGACCCACAACUUCCAGCUCUCACCAACCAGACCGCUAACAUACCUGCCCUUUUUCCUUUUUUUUUUUUUGGUAUUAAAUCAUAGUCACAUUUCGACACAUUCCAGUGUGAGCUCUUUCAUCACAUGCCUACUUCCUGUGUGUGUAUGUGUGUGAGUAAAAGAGAGCGUGAGAGAAAAGAGUAAGUGUAUCUCAGUAAACAGUUUACAGCUGUAUCUUUGGACCUUUUUUAUUUUUGAAACAUGGAUAAUAAACUUUAGUUGUUCCUUCUUGA